AUGGUAGAUCCGGGAGAUUUAUUCAAAAAAACUAACAUACUUAGAUCAGCUGGCUAUGUUAUGGACAAUUUGAAAAAUGUCUUCGUAUCGAGAAGCAAUUCUAACAUAAAACCACAGGCAAAUUAUAAAGAACAUCCAGCAUCUAAGAUACUGUCUAAAUUCCUUGUAGAUCUGAACACAGAACUAUUGAAUUACAAAGAAAACACUUUAAAACAAUUAGCAGAUAUUCUACAAAAAGAAGUGAAUGAUUAUUACAGGAAAGCACCUUAUAAUCCAAUAUUAUUCAGUGAUAAAGUGAAGAAAUUUGUUAAUAAACAACUCAAAGAACUAUCUGAAACAGAACCGGCUGAGCUAAAAAUUAAAACUAGACGUUUCGCAAACAAUCCACACGCAAUUACAUUUUUUGAGUCCAUUGAUAAAUUGAAUAAGUUCUUUAAUGAGAAAGACACGAAACUUCUAGAUGAUUUGAUUAAAAACCUCCAUGAUAACGCUGAAACGGGUGAUACAGAAAAAAUUGGUGAAACUAUAAAAGAUGCUUUCAAAGUUUUGGUUGUAGAACGUUAUAAUUCAAUGAAGGAAGAAGAGAGAGAUAAAUUUCAUGAUGAAAUAAAUAAUAUCGUCGAUAAAACAUCAGAAGUUGACGACAGUGUACUUGAUACAUUAAAAAGAGUUAUUGAUGAAACUUUUAGAGGGUAUAUCGAAGGUAUAUUCAGUAAAAACGAUGAAGUAGAUGAGAAAAAAACAAAUCAGAAAAUGAGCGAAGUUAAAGAAAGCAAAGAAAAUAAUGAAGUUAUUACAAAAACAAACGAUGUCAUCCAAGAUAAUGGGGCGGAUGAUGAGAAAUCUAAGUCGACAAAAUAUCUAGAAUUCUAUAAAUAG